AUGAAUGUGUCUAAAUUUUACUAUUUCAAGAAUGGAAUGAGAUUUGUCCAUAACUAUAAACAUGAAUAUAUUGGACAUGCCAAGAAGAGAUGGGUUGACUAGGGGCUUCUUGAUGUCUAUAGGAAAGAAUUUUUAUCUUGCACACCUUAAUACUAUGAAUCAGCAAUAAUUGAUGGUAGGAUUACUGUGAAUGGAUAAAAGGUUAAAACUGAUUAUCUUAUCAGAGAGAAUGAUAAAAUAGUUCAUGCUGUCAUUAGGAAGGAGCCACCUGUCAUUGAUUAAACUAUAGAUAUCAUUUAUCAAGAUAAAGAUUUAGUAGCAGUAGAUAAGCCAGCUUCUAUGCCAGUUCAUGAAGGGGGAAGUUAUAAGCAUAAUAGUCUACUUAGCAUCUUAGAAAAUGAUUAUAAUCUGAAGGGAUUAAAAACUGUUCACAGGUUGGAUAGGUAGACUUCAGGGAUAGUUUUCUUUGCUAAAAAUGUUAAAGCCACGAACGAAUUCAGAACUGCUCUUGAUAAUGAUUAGGUUUAAAAGAUUUAUUACGCUAGAGUAUUAGGAAAUUUUAAGUAGACUUAUGGAACAGAUGAAGUUGAGGUAAAUAAAUGGGUCUACACUGAGAACUUCAAGUUAGUGCUUCAAAAUUGUGCUGAUGAACUAGACCUGACAGAGGAGACUAGAAAAACUGCUAAAACCCAUUAGAUAAGAGUACAUUUAAAGGCUCUUGGUCAUCCUAUUGCCAAUGAUGUGAUAUAUGGCGGGAAAUAUAGGAAUAAUUGCAUUGAAAAUUAGUUCACAGAUGAAGAUUUUGAAGAUGUCUAUUAAAAUAAAACAGAUGAGAAGGAUUAUCUAUUUCUGAUACUUUGGCUGCAUGCUUACAAAUACACUUACAAAGAUAUUUCUGCCAAAACCAAGAAGCCUUGCUGGGCUGAAACUGAUUUCAAAUUAUGA